CUCAGUUGCUAAGUAACCUCUGCAGGGGGCGGCUGCUGGAUGCUGACAGUUUAGCCGCAGUGAAGCGAGCCGCUCGGCUUCAGACGCAUAACUGAACGGGCUUUGACCAGAAGGAGGAUGGACGAGGGCAUCGAGCUGUCUCUGACCAUCGCUCAGAUCAUCCAGCGGCUCAGAGGAAGCCAUUUACACUCUCAGAUAGAGAGGCAAGCCAAAGAGUGUUUACACCAGCCUGACGUAAAACUGGAGUCUCUGAAAGAGGACGUCCGCAGUUUUCUCAAAAUAUCAGGCUGGGAAAGAAAGCUGCAGAAUGCAGUGUACAGAGAGCUGCACAUCCAGCUGCCCCCGAGGCAUCCCCCGGCUCCCCCGGAGCAUCUCAAAGAGCCGCUGGCCUACAUGCGCAAGGCACAGGCCAGCUGGGAGAAGCGUGUCCUCAAAAGCCUGAACAGCAUGAGCACAGAGCUUGGAGUGCCUCUGGCUCACAUGAGGCCCGCGGCGGAGCAGAAGGAGCUCACCAACAAAUGGAACGAGAUGGGCACAGAUGAACCAGAUUUGAGUCGCUUCAGGCCUGUCUAUGCUCCGAAAGACUUUCUGGAAGUCUUAAUCGGUUUGCGGAACCCCAACCACGAUAGCAGCGAGGACAUCAGCGCCAGGAGUCACUGGGGACUCAUCCAGGUUCCUCUCAAUGUCAGGGACAUCCCACACCUGAGAGACGCCUACUCAGAGCUGAACCUGACCAAUGGACAGAUGGGGAUUGAUGACCACGCACUCAUCCAUCCAGACUUGUUUGAAAACGAGUAUGUGCAAAUCGGAAAAAAAGUGGUUAUGGAGGAGGAUAGUGCAGCAGCACAGCAGUACAGCAGGCAGGGCUGCCCCACCGGGCUCCGGGCAGACCUGUGGGCCCUCGUCCUUAACGCCACGAACCAGCCACAGGAUGUGAUGCAUUAUGAACAGUUAAAGGCAGGAGUCAUACAGCAUAACCUGCUGGUGGACAACCUUAUCUAUAAGGAUGUGAAGCUCACCGCCAGUAAUGACGACUACUACUUUGUGUUUGAAGAUUUCCUCUAUCAGGUGUUGUUGUGUUUCUCCCGUGACACGGCUGUCCUGGAGCACUUCAAAUACAACAGUGCCACACCUCCCAAGUCAUACAUCCAAGGGAAAGUGGGAGAUGAGGAGUGUGCUGUUGUUUAUCCUCCCAACGGUGUGAUUCCUUUUCAUGGCUUUUCAAUGUAUGUUGCGCCUUUGUGUUUCUUGUACAAUGAGCCUUCCAAAUUGUACAACGUAUUCAGGGAAAUGUACAUCCGAUACUUCUUCAGACUGCACUCCAUUUCCUCCCACCCCUCGGGUAUACUGUCUUUGUGCCUGCAGUUCGAGCGGCUGCUUCAGACCCACCUGCCGCAGCUCUUCUACCACCUCCGACAGAUUGGGGUGCAGCCGUUGCGUCUAGCCUUUAAGUGGAUGGUACGGGCCUUUUCUGGCUACCUUUCCACCGAUCAACUGCUUCUUCUUUGGGAUCGAAUCCUUGGAUAUGAUUCGCUGGAGGUAGUUGCAGUUCUAGCAGCUGCUGUGUUUGCCUUCCGGGCCGAGAACCUGAUGGAAGUGACGUCGCUGGCUUCUGCCGAGGCUGUCCUCGCUGACCUUUCGACUCUGAAGGUCAUGCCGCUCAUCCAGGUCUUUCUGUUUGCCACCGCCAUGUGAGGAACGCUGACACGGGAGCACGGGCCGUGUUACGCGGAUACCACCACCGGGAGGGAUAAAAUGCCACUUUGCUACGCCACACCCACACCCACAUGAUUAACGGUCCGAUUAACAAACCAUUCGAUUCCACACCGCAUCUCGCGGUGUACAGUUGUGUACAGUAUUUAUUCUUAUUUUAUUUUAUUCUAAUUUUUGCUUCAUAACUUUUGCACUGUCCACUUCCUGCUGUGACAAAACAAAUUUCCCACGUGUGGGACUAAUAAAGGUUAUCUUAUCUUAUCGCACUGCAUCCCAAGGAGAAAGUCGAAACCACCUUUAGCACAUAUGCACCGUAAACUGUAAAUAUCGUGUUAUGAGAUGCUGUACAGUAUAUAAGCAUAGACUACAAACUAGUAAAAGGCUAAGCUGGCCUCCUUAAGCCAUAUGCUCUGCAGGGAAGAAGACACGCACACACUCGCAGGCAGCAGCGGUUGGAUCAGCUCAUUAGUAGACGUGUUGCACGAAGCAGCGAUUGUAUUGCGAGAGAGAAUAACAGUAACGUCUCCAAGCUUGGCUAAUGAAACGUUAAUUAGCGCAUGCAAUUUAUUCCGCUCUGUGGCUCCUGCUUGUUACGACGCUAUUAAAUAAUGCCGAUGCAGAUGAACGAGGAGACCGGGACGCCCCCAGUCUGCACCAGCAUGUUGAAAGAAAGCCACAAACUAAAUUACGCUGUUGCUCAUAUAUACAGUAAUUAGAAGCUGCUGCGUACGUACAUGGUUUAUUGUAUAAGGAGGGAAAUGCAAAUCACUGCACCCUUAAGAGACGUUUAGCGCCUUCAGUGCCAGUAUUUAAUUUACACCAUUGUCUGUGUUUUAUUAUUGUAUUUAAAUUUUAAAUAAUGUAUUUAAUUCCUGAAUGUAUUCACUUAUUUAUGCAUUUUUUUUUUAAUUCAGUCAAAUCCAUUUUUGUCUGUACUUGGGUCAAAGUAUUCUCUGCCAGUCAGUGUCAAGAUCAUGUUUUUGGUGUAUUUUCUGCACCAGUUUUCAAAUAAAAUCUAAUUUUGGUGA